CUCAUUUCAACUGAUUUCUUCAACUCAAGCAUAUAAACGUUGUUGUUUCUUCAGAUUCUAAAUAAAUAGCAGUCUGCAAAUAUUUUCGUAAGUGGAUUUCGAUGAGGUCUAUAAAAAGUCGAUUACGGUAGACGAGCAGUUAUUAGUUUACGUUCAACAGUCGUUAAGGCAGUUUGUGGUGUGUUAACAUUAAAAGAGAAGAUAAUGAAGCUAUUUUUGUUUGUUGUUCCUUUGAUUGCGUCAUUCGUGGCCGUCACUAAUGGACAGUUUUCGAAAAAGUUGGAUAAUUUGAAUGUCGAUAUGAUCUUGAAGAAUGACAGAAUCUUAUCAAAUUAUUUGAAAUGUCUUUUGGACAAAGGUCCAUGCACAAGUGAAGGCAGAGAAUUGAAAGUAACAUUACCACAAGUGCUUCGAUCUGGAUGCAAUAAUUGUUCCGAUAAGGAAAAGAGAAAUUCAAGAAAAGUCAUUCUUCAUAUUCAAGACAAGAAGCCACAAGACUGGGCGAAACUUGAGAAGAAAUAUGAUCCAACUGGAGAAUUUACUCAAGAAUUCCGUCGAACUGUUCAAGCUUAAAAACAAAAUAAAUAAAAGAAAAAAAGUUUAAACAAUAUUUCAACAA